GAACCUCUAUAGAGAAAUGGCAACCAGACAAUCUUCACCUUUUCCUCCUGAUCUUAUGUUCAAACUGGAGGACCAACUCACCUGUCCUGUGUGUCUUGACCACUACUUCAAUCCUAAAACCUUACCUUGUCUUCAUUCAUUCUGUCAACAAUGUAUUGAGGUAUUACCUCUGGAUAAGAAGAAUGAGACCUAUUACCUCUCUUGUCCCAUUUGUCGUCAUCAUACAGAGCUACCAAAAGAAGGGGUAGGAGCCUUUCCUGUAGCAUUCCACCUCAACAACCUCAAAGAAAUCAUAAUGCAAGCACCUGACCGCACUGAUGGUAGCCACAGGUUUCCACACAGUUUAGUUGCAGAAUGUAUGUACAACAGUGAUCAAAGAAUUGUAUCAGCACUGCGGCAGGAAAUGCCAACGGUUGCAGCUAAUAAACAAGGUGCUUUAACAAUGUGGAUGGAAGAAGGUAGUGUUGAUCUAACCAUUACUCGUGUUAAUAUGCUUGGUGCUCCUGGAUCUGGUAAAACCUGUGCACAGCUCCUACUAUUAGAUGAAGACCCUCCAACUGAAGAUGAUGCUGACAGCACAUCAAUAUCUUAUCCUAUUAGAGUAGCUGUAGAUGACGAGAGCAUGAAAUGGGAUCAAAUAACCAGAGAUAAGUUACUUGGUGGGUUAGCAGCUGAUUUGAUCAAAGCAUCAAAAAAGCAGUCUGUGGCUGAAGUGUUAUCAGUGGACACUCACCAAUUGUCACCAUCUAAAGUAAGUGUUUCUUCGAAAUCAAGAAAAGAUGAAGUAGAUUAUCACGUCGAAGAGGUAGUUCAAGAAAUUUUGGCAACAAAACCAGUAGGCAUUCAAUUAAAAGGCCAUUGGUUGUACAUUAUUGAUUUGUGUGGCCAACCAGCAUAUCAGGAGCUAUUGCCUUUAUUUACUAGAGCUGCUUCUCUUAAUAUCAUCACUCUUGAUCUCUCUAGACCUUUUGAUGAAAAAUUUGAGAUGAAGUACAAAAUCGAUGGGAGAUACUUCCCUUGCUGCUCCAAGUCGACUCAGUUAGCAUCCUUCCAAUCUUCUGUUUCUACUUCGGCUAAUUUUAAUUCUCUUGAUAUUCCUAGUGUCACAAAAGAGCAUGGCCAUUCGAUGCAUCUUGUUCUGGGAACUCAUUAUGAUAAAGUGGAUGAGACUACCCUACAUGAGUGUGAAGACUCUUUGAAGACUUCAAUGUCUUCAUUGCAGCCUUACUUACGUGAUCGUAUCAUUUGCAACAGCACAAAAUCUCAAGAGUCUAUUAUAUUUCCUGUCAAUACAAUGGCUGAAUCAGAAGAAAGGGCAAAAUACGGUGAAGAGAUUCGUCAAGCAAUAUGGCUGUAUGGCUCUGGUGCAUCUCUUACUAUCAAAAUACCAAUUCGAUGGUUUGCCUUUGAGCUGUCUUUUCCUGAAAAAAAAAGAAUCAUAUCAAUCAAAGAAGCUUUAUCUAUUGGGGAAAGAUAUGGCAUGAAAGAGGAAGAGACCAUGCAAACGUUGCUGUAUUUUCAUGAUGUCAGUCUUAUGUUAUAUUAUCCAGAAGUUACAGAUGUAGUUUUUGUUGAUCCUAAGCCUAUUCUUAACAUUCUUUCACAUUUAUUAGCUCUCACAUAUGUCAAUGAUGGUAGUGCACUGAAAUCUAUUUUACUUGAACCACUUGAUCAAAUUGUAAUAAAUCACCUUAAAGAUGGCUUUUUUAACGAAGAAAUUUUUACUCACUUGAAGUGCAAGAGUGAAAUAUUUUGUCAGCCUGAAUUUCAACUCAUUGACUUGAUUUCUCUUUUGCUGCAUCUUUACAUCAUCACAAAAGUGGAAGAUAAUACAAAGGGUAAUUAUUUUAUUCCAUAUGCUCUUUCUUCAUAUCAAGGCUCAGCUAUCCCUACAGUAGAAGUGUCAAAUGUUCAACCACUGCUUAUAGUUUGGAUAGACUAUGAGAGCUGUGAGAGUCCACCACCACCAGUACCAGUCCCUCAAGGUCUUUUUCCAUUAGCAAUAAUGCACCUCCUUAAUCAGAAAGAAUUUGAAAUUAAGCUUCCUUCAUCUAGAUCAAACCACCAUUAUUUUAGAUUUCGAGAUGCUAUGUCGAUCAAGAUUACCUUUAAUGAGAUACCUUAUACACUUCACCUCAUCAAUCGUUAUACUCAUAUUGAGGUGUCUUUCAAUGGUCCUCAAAAACAUUGUCCAAAUAUUCGUAAACUAGUCAUGAAAGCUAUUGGUAAAGUUUCAGACAACUUACAUAUGGAGCAUAAUUAUAUCAAUGCAUUUGCUUGCAUAAAAGAUCAGGAGAAGAAAUGUUAUUGCAUCGUUGUUAAUGAAGAACAGUUCAUAGUCAAUUGUACAGAAUGUCCCAAGCCAUAUCCUAUGACAGAAGAUAAAUGCAAGUGCUGGUUUGAAUGUGUUACAGCUGAAAUAAAUGAUCCACUUAUUACAACAUUUAAUCAUCGACUAACAAUUAAAGAUUUAAAUGAAGUAUUAAAUGAUUUGAAGAGUGGAGGGUUUUCUGAUGAAAGCUAUUUUGGCCUUGGUCUGGAGUUAGGUUUGCAUCAUGGGACACUGAAUAAUAUCAAAUCAAACAACACGAAAUGUGAAGACCAACUUAGGGAGUGUAUUUCAAAAUGGUUGAUGAGAUCAGAUGACGUUGAUAAACGUGGAGGAGCAAACUGGACUAUGUUAUGCAAUGCAGUAGAAAAGAUGAACCGAGCAGCAGCUGAUUAUAUUAGAGCUAGACACAAUAUAUUGACCUCACAACCAAUUGAACAGAGCUCUCCUCAAAAUCAUGUUGAACCAGACACACAGACUACAGGUUCUGAUGAAGGGGCACGAAGAAGAUACCCACUAAGUUUUUCUUAUACUACCUUUACUCCAAGUGGAACAGAAGAAAACAAUAGUUCUUCAUCUCCUAAUCCUUCAUAUACUGUUAAGUGGUCUCAGUACUCAAUAAUCUUUAUCUUGGUUGUUGGACUUCUAGCUCUUGGAUUAACUGCAAUUAUUUUAUUUUGGUUCCGUUAACAAUAGUGAUAUUGUUUGUCACAUUUUUUUAUUUUUAUAUUGUGUGGUAAACUAGUGAAGCUACUUGAACUGCAUGACAAUUAUUAUUAUUGUAUGAUUUUUUAUUAAUAUGUAAAUGUACUGAUAUGCUUGCUCUUUAAUGUAUCGUAAACCCUCUUAAUUUGUGUAGAUACAUACAUAUUUAUAUAAUUUCUGUUUGACGCUGAACCUAAAAUAUGAGCUGUUGUUCUUCUUGUUUUUUUUGUUAUGUUGAUUCCUUCUGGCUCUCCUUUUUUUCUUAACUUUGUUUUGGCUUGAAAUUAUGCCAAUCAUUAUUUUUAA